AGUCAUCCAGGCUGGUCUAGGGCACCAGGGCCGGCCGGCGAGUGCGCCACUCGCGUCUCCGCCACCGACGCGACAGAACGGGACGUCUCGUUUCUGAUCCGGGUCUCCAGUGGCCGACUGGAUUUACACCUUCCUCGUCGACAACGCCCUCAAGUAGAUCGAUCAGAAUGUCGCGCUCUUCUACACUCGCCCUUCCGGACAACCCCCACUGGGUGGAGAGGCUCGCCAAAUACCCGGCUGACCACCGGACGCAGCACUGGCCCCUGAUGGGAUCGCCGGCCUGGCCGCUGACCGUGGCCGCCGUCUACCUCUACUUCGUCCUCUCCUACGGCCCCAGGCUCAUGAAGACGCGGCAGGCGUACUCCUUCAAGACCUUCAUCUACUGCUACAACGUGUACCAGGUCAUCGCCAACAGCCUCAUGUUCUACACGGUGCUAACCAGCGGCUGGACCACCACCUACAGCUUGGGGUGCCAGCAUGUGGACCGCUCCGCAAGCCCCGAGUCAAACAGGAUGGCGACUGCGAUGUGGUACUGGUUCCUGUUGAAGCAGACUGAGCUCGUCGAGACGGUUCUUUUCGUGCUGCGAAAAAAGAAGCGUCAGAUCUCCUUUCUUCACAUCUACCACCACGUCUCCACUUACUUCAUCGCCUGGUUCGCGUGCAACUUCGCCCCCGGCGGCCUCACCAGCUUCAGCGUGAUGCCCAACUCCCUAGUCCACGUCAUGCUCUACUCGUACUACCUGCUCUCCGCCAUAGACAACGACACCCUGCGCAAGACCCUGGGUCGACUUAAGAAGUACCUCACCACGCUGCAAAUCAUCCAGCUUGCCGUGAUCGUGGCGCACUCGGCGCAGGCGCUGGCACCGUCCUGCACAGCCGCCCCCAAGGCGCUCGUCUACAGCUACAUCCCAAACGUUCUGCUUGUCAUCUACCUCUUCUAUAACUUCUACCGGGUCAACUACAACAACGCCGCCAAGUCGCGGGUGGCCGCACCGACCAAGCUGGACUAGAGGGCAACUCCGCCAUAGUGCCGACGACGUUCUCCUGAGUGUCUCCCCGAAAGUGACUCAAACACUCGUACCCCUGCUCCGUGAGGGCUGAGGGCAUUGUCCGAAAGUGUUCUUCGACGUCACCCGUCAGCCCCCGCGAGUACCCAGAGUCUUCCAACUGUCUUCCUCAUGGGAAGCAAAAGAGAGGAGCGCGGUCGGCGUUGACGUUUUUGUUCCAGCGUCAUAUCGUCCUCAGCUUACCGUAGCU